ACAUUCUUGAUAAUCUAUCGUACUUUGUUGCGCCGUAAGAAAAUAAUCGCAGGCUUAUAAUACGCUCUCACUUAACGAAAAGAUCAUUUUGACGACGGUGCGUGCGUGCGGCAUCGCGGGUCUAGGUCUCGAGACGUCGGCCGUUGCAUCCCGCAGCGACCCGCGCGAUCGAGAUCGCGCCUCGCCAAGAGCGGCAAAAUACGUGAGUGGGAGAGAGACGUGGAAACGACCGGAGGAAGCCGAACGGGAAAGAGAGAUCGAGAAAAUGACCCCCACUCGUGACAACAAGGAGAUAGAGGGGCGCUCUUAUAAAGACUAUGCCUACAGCCCUGUACCAGUGAGUUCCCCCUCGGCGGUGUAUGAAACACCCCCGGUCAGAGAAUCUGUGGAGUUGAACGUGCACGGCAGGCCGUCCUUUCGCACCGCCGUUCAUCCCGCGGAGAGGAUGGAAAAAGGUUCUAAGUUCCCUCAAUUCCUGGCUGCUGCUGCGGCUAAUUUAUCGGUCCUCGCGACUGGUGCAGCUAUAGGGUGGACAAGCCCGAUUCUCCCUGUACUGGAAAACGAUGGUGGACCUUUGGGGUCGCGAAUCAGCAGAGACCAGAGUUCAUGGAUAGGAUCUCUGGUGGCCGUCGGUGCUCUCGUCGGCAGUUUCGUGUCGGGAUAUCUCGGGGAAAGAUGGGGCCCUAAACGAACAUUGCUAUCUUGCAUAGUGCCGUUUCUUAUUGGAUGGAUACUUGUCGCCACUGCAGGCCACGUUGCUCAGCUUUAUGUUGCUCGAUUUAUAUUUGGAUUGGCUACGGCUGUCACAUUCACAAUCCUCCCUAUGUACUGUGGAGAGAUCGCCGAGACUUCUAUCAGGGGAUCGUUGGGCUCUUUCCUUCAGCUCUUUAUCACGAUCGGUUUCCUGUAUGCCUACGCCAUCGGGCCAUUCGUCAGCUACGUGGUCUUUUGGAUUCUUUGUAGCAUCUUGCCGGUGAUCUUCUUCGUCUCCUUCAUGAUGAUGCCGGAGUCUCCGUAUUUCCUCCUCAAGCAGGGACGUAGAGACGCGGCGAUCGCGUCUCUAGCGAAGCUCCGAGGCAAGUCCGAAGCGGCUGUCCAGAAAGAGGCCGACGAAAUACAAGAGAUUCUUGACGAUGCUUUCAAGAAUCAAGUCGGCAUCUCGGAACUGUUUAAAGUGAAGGUGAACUUCAAGGCGCUGAUCUACACAUGUGCCAUGGUUUCGUUCCAGCAGUUUACCGGUAUCAACAUCGUGCUGUUCUAUAUGCAAAAUAUCUUCAUUGCUGCCGGAGGUCUCGUCCCAACGGAGAUAGCUCCGAUUAUCAUCGGAGUUGUGCAGGUGUUAGCGUCAGCGGUGACACCCUUGGUUGUCGACAGAUUAGGCAGAAGAGUGCUCCUCGUUUUCUCCGGCAUCGGGGAGACAGUCAGUUUGUGUGCCCUAGGCUUGUAUUUUUACCUGAAGGAGGUACAGCACGCGGACGAUGUGGUGAAUCAGAUAUCCUGGCUACCGGUAGCCUCGCUUAUAAUUUUCAUUGCCACGUACAGCGUAGGAUGGGGUCCGCUUCCAUGGGCAGUGAUGGGCGAGAUGUUCGCCUCGAACGUUAAAGCUAAGGCUUCGAGUAUAACAGUAUUCGUCUGCUGGUUAUUGGCUUUCAUCAUCACCAAGUUCUCCAGCAACCUCGAAGUGGCGUUCAACGGCAUGUUCGCGACCUUCUGGAUGUUCGGAGGAUUCUGCAUUCUCAGUAUCCUUUUCACGGUAUUAUUGUUGCCCGAGACGAAAGGCAAGACUCUUCAGCAAAUUCAAGACGAGCUCAGUGGGGUGACUUCCACUACAAGUGUCGAGAAUGGGACGAAGAAGUGAGCGGGAAACACUCACGUUAGAUUAUUCUGACAAAUUGUCUACGCUGGACAUCUGAUGAAUUCGCGAGACACUUCGAAGAGAUUGGAUAUUUAAAAUAUAUUCGCGAGAAUUCGUAAGGAUUUAUAUCUUUUUAACAAAUUGAAGGAUUUGAUAUCGUCUAUAGCGGAGAAGGUUCAAGUAAAUUACCAGAAAUUGCGCGGAUAAUAUAUGUGCCUAUAUUCUACUGCCAAAUUUAUAAAGAUAUAUAAUACGAGAAAAAGAAACGUCUUUAAGCUUGGGCCACCAUUUAGUGUCCUGUUGCUAAUUAAUGAAAAUUCAAUUAAAGAAAAAUGGAAAUUUGCUCGAAUUUAAACAUAGGAUAGAUUCUAUUUUGCUCAUAUACGCAUGCGGAGACAAUUUUCUUGUUUCCCAGGUGGAACCAAAUCUACUUUGUCGUCUUCCACACACUUUACAUAACGCUUAACGCGACACACGGCAAUUGUUCGUGUGUACAAUGUAAGUCAUGGAUAAUUACAAAUACGCUUGCGUUAAAGAUACUUCGACACGUAUCUCUGUUCAUGAGCUUCAUUUUUCAAACAUAAAGGAAUUUGUGACGUGCCAGUAAACGUUCCUAGCGUUUUCAAGCAAGUUCCUGCCUGGUCCGUGAUUAGAAAACGCGGUGAAAUAUGCGAUUCUUCUGCUUGCAUUUUAUCAGGAUUUUUUCUAAUACGUAUACUAGACGUAAAGUAUUAAAAAAAAACUAAAAGGAUUAAUUUCGCGGUGUAUUUCUCGUUCACGGAUGAGAGACUAGUCAUUUUACUACAUGUCUGCAUAGAAAACGCAAUUAUUAACGACGCCGUAGAUAUCGAAGCUUAAGAAGAAAAUUUCAUGUCUACCGUUUAUGACGACAGUGGAAAUUUAAUUUAUAUCAUUUAAAGGUACCAAUAAAACGGUAAAUGUAUUUGGUGUGAAGAGAGAAAGAGGUACGAAGCAAAACUCUAUUUUCAAUUGAGAAUGACAAAUCCGUUAUCGAUGUAUUUAAUCAUCUAACAUAAUUUUGGCUAAUUUACAUAUAUUUCAAAUAAUUAUAAUUACGCGAAAAUAAUUUUAAGAAAUGAUACCCGAACAUUGUAUUAUUAGUUCAUAUCACAUUCGUUUUCUAAGUUAUUGUAUAAGUAAUUUUAAUAUAUUAUUUGUAAUAUCUGACUUUUUAAUAAGUGGUACUAUUUUCAAGCGCGCGAUGUAUUUUUUCUUCUUAAUUUAAAGAGAGAUAUGACACACAAAUUAUUAAUUUAAUAUCAUCUCAAUAUACUGUGAAACAUGUUAAUGAUAAUUUAUAAAAGAUUAUUCUGUUAGAUGUUUUCUGAUAUUAGUUCCAAAAUCUAACUUACAAAACAAAAUUAUAUAAUAAUGAAAAUCAAAAUUUUAUUAAAGUUUUUUUUUGACAAAUGAGUGCAGAUUGCAUAUAUUAAUCAGUAACUAAGACUUUUUUAAACAAUUUACAAUAAUUACAAUAAUAUGAUAAUGUGUCGAAAUAAUAUUUUAUAAAGUAUA